AUGAAGAGCGCCAGCAACGGCGGCGCCAACGGGAAGCGGAAGCGGGAGGAGGAGGAGGGGGACUGCCGCUACAUCCGGCUGGAGCGCCGCGCGUCGCCGCGGUCGUUCGUGCGCAAGUUCCGGCUGCCGAAGGACGCAGACGCGGGCGCCGUGGCCGCGCGCUGCGAGAACGGCGUGCUCACCGUCACCGUCAAGAAGCAGCAGCCGCCCGAGAAGAAGACCAAGUCCGUCCAGGUCGCCAUCGCCUGA